AAGGAAAGAGAGGAAACUGAAAUAACCACAUAAAGGAAAGCGACAUUACAACAGAUACCUCAGAAGUAAAGAAGCAUAAUCAUAAGGGGCCGUUAUUACUGAUGAACAGUUACAAAUUGGAAAACCUAGAAGAAAUAGAUAAAUUCUGAGAAACAUACACCCUGUCAAGACUAAAACAAGAAAAAAUAGAAAAACUCAACACUCCAGUAACAAAUAAGGAGAUUCAAAUAUUAAUUAAAAAAAAAAAAAAAACACAAAAACCUCCCAAAAGCUAAAAGCUUAGGACCAAAUGGAUUCAGAGCUCAAUUCUACCAACAUUCAAGUAAGAAUUAAAAGUAAGAAUAUGCAGAAAAAACACUUGACAAAAUUCAAAACCCACUCAUGAUAAAGGCAACUUGUGUCCUCUUCGUGACUGGUGCUUUUCUGUACCAACCCCGGUUUUGUUUUGUCCUGUUUUUCUCUUCUUUCAAUUUUCAGAGCUUCCCUCAAUUACCCAGUCAGUUGGUGGGUCAGUCAUAGGCCUGCCUGAGGUGGCUCGGCCGGGGCUGGUGCACCCAGGCAGCCCCUGUGGUGAGAGCCCAGCGAGCCCUGGCCCCGCCCUCCUGGGCUGUGUGCUUCCCAGGAGGCCACCCUCCCGGUCUCCCCCAUGGGCUUCUCCUGCUUCCCCGGCCAGCCCACAGCAUCCCUCUCUCGGGCUUUCUAAUCUGCCUGCUGGUCCUUCCCACCAACUCAGGCCACAUGAUUGAAACAUGUGCUUUGAUGCUCCAGGAAUGUGCGUGGCACCCUGCGGCCAAAUGCUUGGGGUUUUGAAGAACAUUCUGCUUCUCAGUAGUUCUGCUCAUUCAGUGAAGGCCAUCACAGAACACAUACCGAAAAUAUUUUUGUUGGUUUUUUUUUUUUUUGCUUGUUUAAUCUUUUGGCUAUGCCUCUCAGCAUGCUGAGAUAUUAGUUCCCUGACUGGGGAUUGAACCUUUGCCCCCAGCAUUGGCAAUGCAGAGUCCUAACCACUGCACCACCAGGGAGAUCCUAAACCGACAUAUUCUUAACUUGCAGAGUUUGGUAUUCUGCCCCUAUGAAUAAACACACGCACACAGGAGGCACAGGGCGCGGCUGACCUUGUGGUCUUUCGGCCGUCUGGGCAGCGGGUGAGGACUGGCCGAGACCCCAGAGCUUCCCACCGAGAGGCCACAGCUCUGUGCUCUGUGGGUGUUGAGACGCUGCCCCCUCCUGGCCUGAUUUGCCGCGUGGACACGUUCCUGAAGACGCAUUUCCCCCUGGUGGAGGGAGGAGGUGACACUUUAGGAGAACAUUUAUGAACCGGUUGCAAUGUGUGUGAUUUCUGGGCAACUCAUUGCUCUGAGGAAAGUGCUGAGCAGCUGAAACAAUGAAGAAAGGGGGGACCACAGCAAGGGCAGGUGGGCCUCCGGACGCGGACCGAGGGAUCUCAGGAGGGGAGCGGCAGAAGCCCAGUCAGGCCAAGGGCGCAGGUGCGGUGCUGGCUCACGACCUCCGGUGAGCGGCGAGUGCGGAGCCCCAGGUGGGCGUCCACGUGCCGUCAGGCCCCCCUGGUUUCCCGAGUGUGUCCCCGCUGCCCACUCCCACCUGGAACGGCCUUUCUCUUCCCGCUGCUCCCCGUCAGCAACCAGCCACAGCCUGUGUGUAGACAGAAACCAGCGCAGGUGCGGAGCCUGCAUGCAGGCCUCUGCUCCCUGCAUGGGGUGCUCAAGCCUCCCGUUUCCUCCCUGUCAGUGGGAACACUGUCUCCUCUCCAGCAGCCCUGGGAAUCCCACAUGGGGAGAGUUUACAGGGCCAGACCCUGCCCAUGAUGACCUCACAGGGUCCAGGAACAUGGUCAGCCCGCUGUAGAUGUCCUCUGUCACUUGGAACUCAGCAUCUUCCACCCCAGAUUCCUCCCUUGUCCUCAGUUUCUCUGGGUCGCCGGUAUCACUGUUUCUCCUGGAGGCCUGGUUGGACCCAGCCUCCUCCUCUGAUGCUCCCAAGGUCAGGGGCUGCGGGCCAGUUUUGGGUGAGGGGGAGAGAAGGGAGGUGGUAUGUGGUCCCUGGGAGCGUGACCACCUGUGUGAAACAGUCUGUUUUCCUGGCUUGGCAUUGCUUCCUGGGACCCUAUGCCUUUCUCUCCCACUGGCCCCUUCUGGUUCCUUCCCUUCGAACCUGUGUUCUCUCCUGUCACAGCCCAGGCCGCACCCCCACUCCCCAGUCUCUCUGGCCACACAGGUUCCUGCAGAGGCAGUGUCAUUUCUUCUCCGCCUGCGGAGUCCCCAUUGCUCCACAGAUGUGGGCAGUUGCCUCUCGGGCUGUGCCCCCAAAGUACGUGAGCAGCUCUAAGUGGUACGGCCGUCAGAGCCAGCCCGAGCCCUGUGGCGCUGCAGGUGGAGCCCCAGGUUUACCGGAGCAGCCGGCCAGACCCAGUGCGAGGAGCCAGCUUCGCGGUUCUGCGUCCCUGGAAAGCGUGGAGAGUCUCAAGUCUGAUGAAGAAGCCGACAGCGCGAAGGAGCCUCAGAAUGAAUUGUUUGAAGCCCAAGGCCAGCUGCCAACCUGGGGUUCUGAGGUCUUCGGGACCCGGAAGCCCUGCAGCCACUCCUUCGACACCCCCGAGAGCAGGGUCUGGGGCCUCUGGGAAGAGCUGGGUGUGGGCAUCAGUGGCCACCUCACCGAGGAGGAGCUGGUCCUGGUCUGCCAGAGCACUGGGCUCCAGGGCCUGGUGAAGGAGGAAUCUGAAGACCUGUUCAACAAGCUGGACCAAGAUGUGGAUGGCAGAGUGAGUCUGGAGGAGCUCCAGCUUGGCCUGUUCAAUCAUGGGUCCCCUCGACUGCUGAAACUGGCCCCGCUUGUCAAACCCAGCAGGUCCUGGUCUCGUUACCAGGAGAGUGUUGGCCAGACCGCCACGUCGUCCCUCGUGUCCGUGUGCUCGGGCCCCCGCCUCUUCUGCAGCGGCUUCACCUUCCCGGAGCAGAUCAUCUCCUUUGGGGCCCAGGAGGGCGUUCACAAUGGCAGGGAGGUCUUGCAGAGCCUUGACUUCAGUGUGGAUGAGAAGGUGAACCUUUUGGAGCUGACCUGGGCCCUGGAGAAUGAGCUCAUGAUGGUGGGCGGGGCCGCCCAGCAGGCAGCCUUGGCCUGCUACCUCCAGGACCUGAGCUUCUGCCAGGAGCAGGUGGAGCAGAUGGUCAGGGAGCGAGAUAAGGCAAGGCAAGACCUGGAGAAAGCUGAGCAGAGGAACCUGGAGUUUGUGAAGGAGACAGAUGACCUGCACUCUGCCCUGGAGCAGCUCACGGAGGAGAAAGUCGGACGCCUGGAGCAGGGCUACCGGGGGAGGCUGAGCCUCCUGCAGUCCGAGGUGGAGGUGGAACGUGAGCUGUUCUGGGAGCAGGCCCGGCGGCAGAGGGCCGGGCUGGAGGAGGACCUGCGGUGCCUGCAGGCGGAGGAGACCUGCCUCCGCGAGAAGCUGACCCUGGCCCUGAAGGAAAAUAGUCGAUUGCAGGAGAUGACUGAAGUCGUGGAGAAGCUGUCAGACUCAGAGAAGCUAGUCCUCAAGCUGCAGAGUGACCUGGAGUUUGUGUUGAGGGACAAGGCAAGUCCUCUUGCAGACUCUGAGUCCCCAGACAAGCGCCUUUGGGUGUUGAGCCUGGGUCCCGGGGGAGGAGCUGGCUGGAAGCGGCAUCGCACGUGGCGUCCUCCAGGAGGGGUGACCACGGCCCACCUGAGGUGGGGGGAGGAGCAUGUGGACCCACCGUCAUGGGUGAAUGUGGCGCUCGGGCCGUGGGACCACCUGGGAGAGCGGACUAAGGUGGUGCCAGGCAUAAGAUGGUGGGAAAUGACUCCUGCUCCUUGUCGCUCCCAGAGCAGUUCGGUGCCCAGAUAUAGUGUCGGUGCCCCGUCCUGGAAGUCGGGACCCGCUCUGCUGGGGCCUGAACCGUUCCCCGAGUGCCGGCCCCGUGCCCCGCUCCUGGGCCUGGUGGCCGCAGUGGCUGGAGGAAGUGUCUGGCUCUGCCCGCAGGACCUGCAGGACCACAACGACGAGCUGCAGGCUGCCCUGGAAGGCCUGCAGGCACAGGCAGCCCUGAGUCGGCAUGGCCGCCUGGCCCCGGGACACAGCCCGGCAGGCACCAUCACGUUCGUGGGUGAUUCUGCCCCAGCGAGUAUAAAAACAGAGAUCAUGUUGGAGCUGCUGAAGGAGUGUUACCAAGAACUCAAGAUCCAGCUGGAGACCAAGGUUAAUGACCACGACAGGGAAAUGGAGGUGACGAAAAGGGCUUUCGCAGAAGAGAGGAGGGAGCUGGAGCAGGCCUUCCAGCUCAAGGUUGGCGUGCCGCAGGGUCAGAAGGCCGAGCUGGCGACGCUGCACACGGAGUCACAGGAGGUGGUCCGAGGCCUGUGGGAGCAGCUGCAGAGGAGGGCGGAGCUGGAGCGGGGCCACGCGUGGCGGCUGAGCCAGGACAGAGCGCGGCUGCAGGAGGUGCUCCAGCAGCUCAGAAUCGAGUUGGAAACGCUUUCUGAAGAAAAUGCUCUCUUGAAAAAUGAGCUGGGGAGGAUCCGACAAGAGCCUGAAGCUUCAGAAAGGACAGAGGCUGCACAGAGGAAGGAAAUUGAGGUUUUAAAGAGAGACAAGGAAAAGGCCUGCUCUGAGAUGGAAGAGCUCUGCACGCAGAGUCAGAAGUGUAGGGAUGAACUGUCCCAGCUCAACCACAGGGUCCUGCAGCUCGGAGAGGAGGCCUCUACCCACCAGACCCAAAGCGAGAAGAGUCCUGUCACCGUCCAGCUGCUGAUACACAGACUGGAGGAGGCCGAGCUCCGGGAGGAACAACAGGGUAACCAAAUCCAAAAACUUGAACUUGAACUUGACUGCGUGACUCAGGACCAUCAGAGCCUGAGACUGGCACAGUCACAGCUGAGAGAGGCCCUUGAAGAGAGUUGGGACCAGCCAUAUGGAGCCACCCAGAGGCUGCGGCUGGCCCGGUCACAGCACACCCAGCAGGUGCGGCAGCUGUGGGAGGAGAUGGCACAGCUUGUGCUCGCAGGCCGCGUGGCUGAGCUGCAGCGGCUGCUGGAAGGGGAGUGGCGGGGGGCACGGCGGCUCCAGGCGGAGGCCCAGGAAGCACAUGAAAAGCAGCUGAAAGCAACAGAAGAGUGGGUGGAGGAGGUGGAAAUGAUUCUGAAGAACAUGGAAGUGCUCCUCCAAGAGAAAGUGGGUGAGCUGAAGGAACAGUUUGAAAAGAACACCGGAUCUGAUCUGCUGCUCAAGGAGCUCUAUGUGGAAAAUUCUCACCUGACAAAAGCGCUUCAAGUCACUGAAGAAAAGCAACGAGGUGCCGAGAAAAAAUCCCGAUUCUUGGAAGAAAAAGUUAGAGCUCUCAACAAACUACUCAGCAAGAUUGCUACAGCAUCCCUCGCUGUGUAGACUGCUUUUCUUCCUGGAGUUCGUUUUGAAAGAACAUCUUUAAAGUAAACCGCUGUGACGCUGUAACUUAUUGUGGCUUACUGGCUGUACGCCUCUGGAUAGACGAGGAUUGUGAUUCUGUUUAUCUCACAAGCAUUUAAUGAAGGUCUGUGUGCCAGAUGCUGGGGAAACAGAUUCUAAAAGACUACUUUUUUUUUUUAGUGGUCCUUGGGUAACUUCCAGAGUUAUAUUCUUAAUUUUGCUACUGACAAGCAAAACAGAUUAUGGGGUUCUCAGCAAGGUAAAUGGUAAAAUAAAGCAAUUUUAAUGUUGCACUUCUGACCUUGGCUACAGAGAUUCAAAUGCAAAGUCAGGGCUCUAUAGUUUUACCAUUGCACUGUUAAUGCUAUGGGUUUAGUCACUGGCAUUCUCGUUGGUGGAUCGAUAGAGAGACUCCAGAAACGUACUUUCUGUGACUUUCAACUGGCGAUAAGGGAUAGAGGAAGGAAGCCUUUUUCUCAGGGCCUGUUCCACCACGAGGGAGUCUAGACAGCGCUGGUAUUUUAGGGCUGUGGACUCAGGGAGGAUGGUAUCCAUUGUGAAUGCAAUCUUUUCCUCUUUGAAAUGUCAUCACACUGGAAAGUGUAUGAUAUGUUUUAAAAAAAAAAGGGAAAAAGUAUAGUUUUAUAUCCAAGAUAUACAUAAAGUAUGGUCAUUUAGUUUAUCAGAAUAAACUACUGUAAUAUGAAGUCACUGUAUUUGCAAUAAAAUCCUUUUCUAUUAAAACCGA